AUGUCUGCUCAACGGACUCUUCAUAAAAGAAUAAGAUGGGUUUAUAUUCUCUACGGACUGAAAGAAUCUGCAACAGUCUACUCAUUGUUUGGAUGUAUCUCUGGAAAGUGCACUGAAGAAGAGAAAUGGAAUAUUGAAGCAAGUUACACGAUCAGUUUCUAUGUAGCAAACUGUAUUCUUCUUUGUUGCUCCCUAUUGUAUUUACCAAUAGUGAUUAGUAUUCGAAACUUUUCAAAUUUACCAAUGGUGCAACAGAAUCAACCACAGAAAUAUAUAUACUGGCAAACUAUGGUUACAGUGCUGUUCAAAUCGGUUGGUGAAACUCGUUGUUUGGAACACUAG